AUGUACGAUUUUUGCCAAAUUUAUGCUGGUGCAUCGGUGGCUGCGGCUUUACGAUUGACGAGUGAAGAUACUGACAUAUGUAUUAAUUGGAGUGGUGGAUUACAUCAUGCCAAGCACAAUGAGGCAUCAGGGUUUUGCUUUGUAAACGACAUUGUAUUAGCUAUUCAACAGUUGUUGAGUCAAUAUAAUACUCGAUCUAAUAAUCAUUUUUCAAGGGUUUUUCCACGGGUUUUAUACAUUGAUAUUGACAUACAUCACGGUGAUGGUGUACAAGAAGCAUUUUACGAAACAGAUCGAUGUAUGACUGUAUCAUUUCAUAAGUAUAAAGAAAAUGGCAAAUAUUUUCCAGGGACUGGAGGUCUAGGUGAGAUUGGAGUUGGAUUAGGAAAAAGGUUUUGCUUAAAUGUACCACUCAAAGAUGGAAUGGAUGACGAAAGUUAUGUCGCUUUAUUUAAGGAUAUUAUUACGGAUGUUAAAGAUCGAUAUCAACCAAAUGCAGUUGUCCUACAAUCUGGGGCAGAUUCACUUGGAAAGGAUAAAUUAGGGGGAUUCAAUCUUAGCAUUAAAGCACAUGGAGAAUGUGUUCGUUUUGUAAAAAAUUGGCAAAUACCCUUACUAGUUCUUGGUGGAGGAGGAUAUAAAAUCGAAAAUGUGGCACGAUGCUGGGCUUACGAGACGAGCAUACUAGUUGAUACAGAAGUACCGGAAUCGCUGCCAAAACAUGCACAAUUUUAUAAUUUUUUUGGGCCAGACUAUUCAUUGCAUCCACCUCUUGUUAGACGAAUCGAAAAUCAGAAUACCAAAGCAGAUUUACAAAAAUUGUCACAACAUAUUCACGAACGUUUGAGAUUAUUGGAUGGAGCACCAAGUGUGCAGUUACAUGAAUUUUCUAAAGAUUUGCAAGAAUUGUGGGAAGAAUCUGAAGAAGAAAUGAGAGAUUAUCAAGAAGAUGCGAUUCCAGAUGUUAGACCUAGACGACGUUUAAUGUUGGGUGGAAAUGAAUUUUAUGAUAGAGGUAGCGAUCACGAAAAUGAUGACCAACUAGUAGAUGAAGACCAGACUAUGGACUAUGUU